GAGCGAGCAAGGAACUUUUUUUAAACUCUUUUCGACAAUUUCGUGAAUUUGUGAUAAGGAUAACGGUGAUAAAAGUAAAAUACAAUCAUUUGCAACUCCCGCCGUCGUUCCUGUUGGAAAAGUAGACCGGAUAGCAAUCGCCAUUCUCUCAACCAUCGCCAGAAAGUACAGAAAUCUGCGGCAGACAUCCGGGUGUCUCGAAAGAAAAACCCGCGGAAACCGAGCUAACGGCAAGAUUUCCUGCCAAUUAAGAUUACUGAUAGGCGCUACUAAAGGGAACGACCAGAGUACACCCAAUCUCACAUCGCAGACUCCUUCGAUCAAACAGCAGCGCUUCGUAAGACAAGAUGAACAGUAUCGGAGAAAAUUGUACGCAACUGAAGAAGGAUUACGAUAAUUGCUUCAACAAUUGGUUCUCGGAUCGGUUUCUUAAGGGCGAUACGGACGACUCCCUCUGCGCGCCGCUGUUCAAAGUUUAUCAGCAGUGUGUGAAGGAGGCCAUGAAGCAACAUCAUAUCGAGUUUAAGGAAAUCGAGAACGAUUAUAUCCGCGAUGGACAUGAGAAGAAGGAGGAAAAGAAAGGACCCAAGGAUAGCAGCAGCUGAGAGCAGGAACGGGCCUCGUGAACACACUAGAAGUAAUACGAUUUAAAGUGCAAAUAAUUAGCUGUAAUGCCCUGUACUGAAGAAAGAAGCGGAACACGAGGUUCGUUCGUUGUUGUGAGCCAGCAUUUUCGCGUUUCCUACAAUUUCAUUAGGCUAGUCGGAGCGAAGCUGUACUACACAUGACUGCCAAGAACCGAGUCUCUCGUUUCUGUUACGUUCCUUUCCUCACAAGUGAUCAAGGUGUAUUUUAUGUUUUAUGGUUAUUGUUACCAAUAAAUUGAAAAUGUUCAACACUCGCUAUUCCACCGUUGACAU